CCUGGCGUCACUGGGGGGGGGUCCAUAAGACAUAGAGCUACGUUGGGUUGGUGUCCACCAUCACCACCAUCACCACCACCAUCUUCAUCACCACCGGUGGGGCAAAGGGGGGGUCGCCAUGGGGAACGCGCGGAGCGGAGCGCUCUCCAAAGAGGUUCUGGAAGAGCUGAAGGCCAACACGCGGUACACGGAGGAGGAGCUGUGCCGUUGGUACGAGAGCUUCCAACGCCAAUGCCCGGAUGGACGCAUCAGCCAAGCGGAGUUCGAGAAGAUCUACAGCACCUUCUUCCCCAACUCGGACCCCAAAGGCUACGCCCGUCACGUCUUCCGCAGCUUCGACACCAACGACGACGGAACGCUCGACUUCCGGGAGUACAUCAUCGCCCUCCACCUCACCUCCUCGGGGAAGACCCACCUCAAGCUCGAGUGGGCCUUCUCCCUCUUCGAUGUCGACCGCAACGGUGAGGUCAGCAAGAACGAGGUCCUGGAGAUCAUUACGGCCAUUUUCCGGAUGAUUCCCCCCGAGGAGCAGCGGCAGCUGCCGGAGGACGAGAACAGCCCCCAAAAACGGGCCGACAAACUCUGGGCGUACUUCAAGAAGGGGGACAACGAUAAGAUCGCGGAGGGGGAGUUCAUCGAUGGAGUCAUGAAGAACGAUACCAUCAUGCGCCUCAUCCAGUACGAACCCAAGAAAUAAGGGGGGGUCCCCCCAAAAAAUGGGGGGGUCCCCCCAAAUAUCUAAAGGGCGGGGUCCCAAAAUGGGGGGGGUC